AUGUCUUUUAUCCAUGUGUCUUCUAGUAUCAUUUACUUGAAAGCUGUAUGGGCACUCUACUCAACUGUCAGCUUAAAGUCCAGAAUGUUCCGGUGGCAAUUCGAGUGGAAAGGUACCUCACAUCUUGAGGUGUGGUCCGUGCUCAACAAGUCCGAUAAGCCCGCCAUGCUCUACCGUAUCGGCAACCCAACAGGGACGGCGAUGUCAUAG